AUGGUACCUGGAGAAACUGCUCAGUAUACAGGGAUUCUCUCUUUACUUCUCCAUUUCAGUUGGACAUGGAUUGGAGUUCUGACUACGGAUGAUGACAAUGGAGAAAGAUUUGUGAAAAAUGUACUCCCAGUAUUUUAUGAAAAUGGUGUCUGUUUUGAUUUUGUAGAAAAAGCAACCAGAUUGCAUGUUAUGACUGCUAUUGAUCAAGUUCUGACCCAGGGCGUAAGAAUACAUGAUAAAAUUAUGUCUAGCAAAGCCAAUGCAAUGCUGGUUUAUGGAGAAUCGGAUUCCAUGGUGUCAUUGAGAUGGCUGGCAUAUAUUUCCGGAAUAAAAUCAAAAGCCAAAGUAUGGAUAAUAACAGCCCAGAUGGAGCUCAUGGCAACAGCUUAUCAAAGGACUUGGGACGCAGAUAUGUUCCAUGGUGCCAUUAGUGUCACCAUUCAUUCUAACAAUAUACCAGCAUUUCAACAAUUUAUUCAAAGCACAAAAUAUCACAAUGAUAAAGAAAAUGGUUACAUCAGGGACUUCUGGGAGCAUGCCUUCGGCUGUACAUUUCCAAGCGAGGCUAUGCAUGAAGGGGAUGAAGAUAUUUGCACAGGGAAAGAGAAGGUGGACAACCUUCCGGGAUCUCUUUUUGAAAUGAGCAUGACUGGCCACAGCUACAGCAUCUAUAAUGCUGUUUAUGCAGUGGCCCAUGCUUUAAAUGCCAUGUUUUCCUCUGGAUCCAAGCACAAGGCAAAGAUGGGAGGAGGAAGACUGACAUAUCUUAAAUUUUGGCAGCUCCAUCAGUUUCUGAAGAGUGUCUCAUUUAACAACAGUGUCGGGGACAAAAUUUUCUUUGACCACAAUGGGAUAUUAAUAUCUGUGUUUGAUGUUAUCAAUUGGAUCAUUUCUUCCAACCAAUCCUUUCAUAGGGUGAAAAUUGGGAAGAUGGAUCCUGAAGCUCCUCCAGAUCAAGUCUUUGCUAUAAAUAGUACUGCCAUAAUUUGGCACAACUGGUUUAACCAGGUUCAACCCCUUUCUCAGUGUAAUGGCAAUUGCUAUCCUGGAUAUAGCAAGAAAAUAAAAGAGGGAGAACAAUUCUGUUGCUAUGAUUGCAUGCCAUGUCCAGAGGGAAAGAUUUCCAGCGAGGAGGACAUGGAUGAGUGCCAUAUAUGCAGUGAUGAAUACUACCCCAAUAAAAAACAUGACCUGUGUAUUCCAAGAGAUAUAAACUAUCUGUCUUAUGAAGAACCACUGGGGAUUGCUUUAGCUUUCCUUUCUCUUCUUUUAUCUUUCAUAACAUGUUUCAUACUAGUGAUAUUUCUGAAAUAUCAAAACACUCCCAUAAUCAUAGCAAAUAAUCGAAACCUUACCUAUAUUCUCAUCAUUGCCCUCCUGUUCUGUUUCCUUUGUGCCUUGCUGUUCAUUGGCCAGCCCCAGAAGGUGACAUGUCUUCUCCAACAAACUGCUUUUGGCAUCAUCUUCUCAGUGGCUGUGUCUUGUGUGUUGGCAAAGACAAUCACAGUACUUCUUGCUUUCAUGGCUACCAAGCCAGGAUCCAGAAUGAGGAAAUGGGUGGGAAAAACAUUGACCAACUGUAUUGUUAUUUCUUGUCCCCUUAUUCAAGCAGGCAUCUGUGUUGUGUGGCUAGCAACCUUUCCCCCAUUCCCCAGUCCUAACACUCAAUCAGUCAAAGAAGAAAUCAUACUGGAGUGUAACAAUAAUUCUGCCACUAUGUUUUAUUGUGUUCUGGCAUAUAUGGGAUUCCUGGCCGCUGCCAGUUUUGUUGUUGCUUUUCUUAGUAGAGAGUUGCCGGAUACUUUCAAUGAAGCCAGGUUUAUCUCAUUCAGCAUGUUGGUGUUUUGCAGUGUUUGGAUAUCCUUCAUUCCAAGCUACUUGAGCACUAAAGGAAAAUCCAUGGUGGCUGUGGAGAUAUUUUCAAUCUUAAUCUCUAGUACUGGGCUACUAGGUUGUAUCACUUUUCCAAAAUGCUAUAUUAUUUUGUUCAGGCCUGACCUGAACAACCGAGAAACAUUAAUGAAGAAAAAGCUGAGAAAUUAA